AUGGGUCACGGCGUCAGCCACCAUCAAGCGUCGGGCGAACGCUGGAAAAAUAACGCCGAAAUCAAGCAACCGAUGCCCGAUGAGCCCACGGUGGAGAAACGCUUCAACGAAGUUCUGAACUUGAUGGACCUACCCCCGGAUAAAGCGAAAGUUUUGAAGAACUACGAUUCGCAGAAGAAAUGGGAGAUCGUAUGCGACCAGGAAAAAAUGACAGCGAAACAGGCUCCGUCCUUUUAUCUUUCGAAGCUCACCACAUACUUAGAUCCAAAAGCGCCUAGAUCAACCAAGGUAACAACGUGUCUGGAAUCUUCACCGGCCGCACCUUUCGCUGAAGCUUUCUACUCUUUCUUUCAUGCUCAGUGUCGCGUCGUAUACCUGACAAUCGGCGACGAGUGUUUCGUGCCAAUGAUGCAGUACGCUCCGGAAACUCUGCGUCGACGAACUCUCGGCAACUCAAAGUCAACUCAGAUUCUGCGAGACCUAGAGAUCUCAUUGCGGACCAACAAUAUCGAAUGGGUCAGGGAGUUCCUGAAUGAGGAUAAUAAGGGUCUCGAAGUUCUCAUAGAUUACCUAAGUUUCCAGCUGGAGAUUCUCAAGUUCGACCUGGGGAGAGGUGACACGUUGACGGGCGAUGACGGACCUCAAUCCCUCGGAUACUCAUCGGUGAUAACAACUCAGAGUGCGCCUUCUCUCCAGAGAACGAAGUCUCUCGGACCGUACGACAGUCCGACCUCAGGCACUCCGAAGUUGAAGCGAAGACCUACGCACAAGCAACUCAGCCGGCUGAACAUGGGAGAGGCUGAAGACGAUAUUCACGUUUGCAUCAUGUGUUUGAGAGCCAUUAUGAACAACAAGUAUGGAUUCAACAUGGUCAUCGAGCAUACGCAAGCCAUAAACUGCAUCGCUUUAUCUCUGAAUCAUAAGAGUCUCCGCACGAAAGCGCUAGUCCUCGAGCUCUUGGCUGCCAUUUGCCUCGUGAAAGGCGGUCAUCCCAUAAUCCUCUCGGCUUUCGACAACUUCAAAGUUGUGUGUGGCGAACAAUUCCGCUUCCAGACGCUCAUGGAGUACUUCAGAGAUUACACCGAAUUCAACAUCGAUUUCAUGGUCGCCUGUAUGCAAUUCAUAAAUAUCGUCGUGCACUCCGUCGAAGAUAUGAACUUCCGAGUUUACCUACAAUAUGAAUUCACUCAGUUGGGCUUGGAGAAUUAUUUGGACAAAAUCGGACAAACGGAAUCGGAAGAGCUGCAGGUGCAAAUCAGCGCGUAUUGGGACAACUUCUUCGAUGUUCACUCAUUGAUGGAGGACAGUGAGACGAAAGCGAUCGCUCUUGACCGCGUUGCGGAACUCGAGCAUCUGAUAAGCAGAUCUCAUGAGAUCGAAAACGAGCUCAUGGCGAAACUUGUCGAUCUGGAGACGGAAAAUGUCAACGUGCGUCGAGAAAACGAAGACUUGCUGACGCUGCGGGAGAAAUCCACAGAGGAGAUAAAUACUUUGCGGAAAAAAAUCCAUGACAAAGAUAAAGAAUACACCAAAAGACAAUCCGUGCUCGAGAGCAAAUUACAGCAGUUGGAGAACGGCAGCAUAAGCGGAGGUUCGUCGACCUCGUCGCCGGUUCCUCCCCCUGGAGCGACGACGACACUGCCAGCACCUGCCCCCCCUCCUCCUCCCCCUCCACCGCCGCCGAUGUCGGCUCCGGCUCCCCCACCACCCCCAAUGCCAACAAUGGCUCCAGGGGGUAUGUUCGUUCCCCCACCCCCGCCGCCGAUGGCUGGGAACGCUUUGGCGCCGCACGGAGCCGUCACGAUAAGGCGAACAAUAAAGACCAAGCAUAAGCUACCGACAUUGAACUGGGUCGCAUUGAGGCCGACCGAGGUCAAUGGGACCGUCUUUAAGAACUUGGACGACGACAAGCUGUAUACAAAACUCGCCAAACGUCUAGAUCGCUUCGAGGAGCUUUUCAAACUCGGACCUAUCAACGGUUCCGGUGGGAGCGACAGAGUUGAUCGGGGCGAGGACACUUCCUCGAGGAAGCUCAAGCCUGAAAAAGUCACAAAACUCGGCCAUAAGAGAUUACAGAACAUGGCGAUCUGUAGGAGAAAGUUCGACUUACCCUCGGACGCCGUAGUCAAGCUGAUCAAUAAUCUUGAUCCGAAGGCUCUUUCGGUCGAUCAAAUCGAAACCCUGCUGAGAAUGAUGCCUACGGAGACUGAAGCGAAGGACCUGAAGCAGUACGAGCGGGAGCACAAAACGAUCGACGAGCUCGAAGACGAGGACAAGUUCUUGUUACAGUUAACGAAGGUCGAAAGAUUGGAGCAGAAACUCAGCAUCAUGUUGUAUAUGACGACCUUCCAAGAAACGCUCAAUACAAUGACGCCGCAAAUCCACGCGAUAACUCUGGCCGCACGUACGGUCAAGAGCUCGAAGAGGAUGUCGCAACUCCUCGAAUUGAUUCUGCUUCUGGGCAACAUGAUGAACGGUGCCAAACGAGGACACGCGUACGGCUUCAAGCUGCAGUCGCUCGACAUCUUGCCGGAAACGAAGACCGCCGACAAAAAAAUGUCCCUGCUGCACUACAUCAUGGAAUUCAAAGACGAGUUCCCCGAGAUCGUCGGAGUCGAGCAAGAGCUCCGGGUGGUUGAGAAAGCUGCACAAGUUCCCUUGGAGAACCUCAUUGUCGACCAGGUCGAGCUAGAGAAAGGCAUGGAGCGCUGUCGUAAAGAGUUCGCCCUGCGGAAGGACAACUUGGUCCUUAGAGACUUCCUCGCUCAAAACGAGGAGAAGCUCCAGAAAUUGCUCAGUGACGUCAGUAUUGCCAAAGAAGCGUACGCAGCAUGCGUCGAAUAUUUUGGGGAGAGCGCCCGGACCGUUCCUUCGAACACGUUCUUUGCGACUUUGCUCCGGUUCCUGAAAAACGCCAAACAGGCCGAGCUUGACAACGAGCGCCGUCGGGUCCUCGAAGAGACUCAGCGAGCGAAGUCUCUGCAGAACAACAACAACAAUAAUGUCCAGGACUCAAAACGAAACCAAGAAGCCGUAAUCAACGAGCUGAAGAGUCGAACGAAACAAGUCAAGGAGAAGAAGAAGUUGCCGCAGGACGAGGUGUAUCACGGAGCCUUAGAGGACAUCCUGAACAACCUCAAGAGCGAACCUUACGUCCGGGCUGACGCUUUACGUAGAAGUCAGCGUCGGAAGUACGACACGUCAAGCAUCGUACCGAACCACGAUGGUACGAUGAACAUUUGAUGAGGGAAUGUUCGGCUGAGUCCAGUAGGUUCUGGUCAAGAGGUAUUACUACGUUAUUGAAGUUCCUGAACGCUCUCGACGUUUGAUGACAAUAAGUUUCUGCGCUUGAUUCUCCAUUCUCAUUCCUGAUGAGGAAUCCUUAGAAAGGCGGCGAGAGCGACUUUACGGUGUGCCUCCCGUAGAAAUCCGGAAGGAACCCCGAAACUGUACCGACCUCGGUGCCUUGAAUUCCGUAGACCGCCUCGGGAGCGGAGGCGCUCGGAUUUCGGAGAUAGAACAGAACAGAGCUCGGAUUAAUUAUACAAUGGGGAAUUUUGAAUGAAGGGUUCCGACCCUGGGAGGGAGAUUUUUGAAAUGACAGGACUCUUAUUUAUAGGUUUUCAACCUCUUUUUCCGAGAGGUGAAAUCUGCUCAAUGGUUUUCGGACCUCAAUCAUGAAACGAAUAAAUUCGGCUUCAGCUUUCGCUCUGAGUUGUAUAUCUCUUGCAUCAUAGCAUUUCAGAAUCGAGAAUUACGUUUUGAAUUUUCCCGUCCUUUUACCCCCUUUGCGGCGGAACACGCGGUUGGAAUAUAUAUCAUACAUACCCAUAUAUAAAUU